AUGGAAGAUGGGAAACCCUACCCUGCUGGUGGUGAUGAUCAUGCUGCUGCUGCUGAUGGUGGUGAUGCAAGUGCGACCGGAGGAGGGGCAAUGAGCCGCCAUGACGUCGCCUCCGCCGCCGUUGAUGGAGAGAUGAUGCAGGAGCAUGAGCUCGUGCCGCUGAUCACGGCGGAGGAUGUGCAUUAUGAUUUCGCCGCCGCCGUCGAGGAGGCGCUCGCGGAUGACCGCCUGUACAUGUCCAAUCUCAUGGAGCUGGAUGCUGCCGGCGACGGGAUAUGGAGCCGCUUUGCCGCUGAGCCUUGGUUCAGCCCUGGCGGCGGUGAUCCCUUCGGCAUCAACAUGGAGGUGGUCAUCGCCGGCGACGGCUCCGGCUCCAGCUCCAGCGUCCAACGCGACGUCGUCGUCGUCCCCGGGGACGCACCCCCGCCGCCAGCGCCGGCGGCAACGGAGCCCGUCCAACGGUGCGUCCGUUCUCCGGCAAGUUCAUCCGGGAGCCGCAUCCUCACGACAAGACCGCUGCCGCCGACGGCGACAAGCGAGCCCUCCCUGCGGAACGACCUGCCGCCGGCGAGAUCUGGGAUGCAGGCCUUCUCCCCGCCGCCGCUAAGCUUGUUCGGCCCCGCCGCGGCGGCCAUCGCAGCCGGUGCUCUUCUGCCUCAGCCCGACUCCGCCGCCGACAACUCCGGCAGCGCUGCCGCCACCGCAUCCACCUGGCACGUCGGCGCAAGCACCACUGCCAGCGCCAUCCUGUCGCGGGCUCUCCCCGCCAUGGCGCCGGCUACCAUGCCUUCCCCCGGCGACCUCGCCGCUGCCGCCGCCGCAACCAUGGCGACCCAGGCCGCCUCGCGUCCACCCCGCGCCGGCGGAAGACGUGGGGAGGUUAAUUCCACCCGCGCGGCCGCCGCUCGUGCCUACCACCUCGCCAGCGCAAGAGAGCAGGCUCUCUUUGGCCGGCACCGCCGCGCGCCGGCUGCCGGCGACGCCCGCUGGCUGAGGGCAACAAACCUACUGGAGGCUUUGCAAACGCACCCUGUUCCAGAAGUCAACCACCUCGACCGGAUAUGGACACAAAUUAUAGCCGGCCGCCAGUUCCCCGCCGGCGAUCCGGUCGUCAUCGCCGCCACCGGGGAAGGGAGCCACAGCACCCCGGCCGUCCCUGCCGGCAAAGGAAAGGCGCAACAGAGCGCGCCGGCCGGCUCUUCCGGCAAAGGAAAGGGGCGACACAGCGCCCCGUCCGUCCCCGCCGGCAAGGGAGAAGUGGCGCGCCACCACGUCCAGAGCGACGGCCCCAUUUCCUCGAAGAGAAAGGCCCUGCUCGCCGACAGGGACACCCCGGCCGUCUUCGCCGGCAUGGAGGAAGGGGACGACAACGACUGGUACGAGUCCAUCAUCCGCGAGGCCGCGAUCAGAGAGCUGGAAGAGGAUCCGGAGCUCCAUGGACUUCUCCCGGUGCAGUACUUCACUCCAAGAUCCGAGACGCCCGAGGCAGUGACCACCGCCGCUGCCGCUGCCGUAGAAGAAGGCGACGAGAUAUCCAUGCCGAAAUUCUUCAAGAAGUGGGGCCUCCACCCGUCCGACCUCGACCCGGACGAGGCCGGCCCGUCGACGAGGCGGCCGAGGGUUCUCCCCGUCUCCGACGACGACCUCCCGACGUUCGACUGCGGCAUCUGCUUCGACACCCACCCGCUCCUCGACAUGUUCCGCGGCUUGCCGUGCGACCACAAGUUCUGCCUCGGGUGCAUGGCCGCCUACGUCGAGGGCAAGGUCGGGGAGGCCGACGUGCCCAUCUCAUGCCCCCACCCGGAGUGCAAGAAGGACGACGUCGUCGCCGGCGUCCUGCACCCGGAGGAGUGCAAGAAGAGCAUCGACUUCGCCGCGUUCAGCAGCUGGGGCCUCCGGCUCGCCGAGGGCGCGGUGCCGCACUACCGGCGGGCCUACUGCCCGAACCGCCGCUGCGCGGUCCUGCUCGAGACCAGCGGCGAGGACAAGCCGGCCAUGGCGGAGUGCCCGGCGUGCAAGCUCGCGCUGUGCGCCGCGUGCGGCAUGGAGUGGAGGGCCGAGGACAACGGCGAGCACAUGGACUGCGCCAAGGGCCCCGACGCCGCCAUGAUGAAGAAGCUCGCCGACGAGCACCGGUGGAAGAAGUGCCCCAAAUGCAAGAUGAUGGUCGAGAGGGUCUCUGGCUGCAGGGUCAUGAACUGCAGGUGCCGCAUGGUCUUCUGCUACGACUGUGGGCUCCAGAUGUCGGCGACGCUCGAAGGAGCCGAGAAAUGCAGCUGCGUCAGCCUCGUCGACGGCGUCUUUCUCAACUGACGUGACGAGCUGCUGAACCGCCGGCGUUGAUGGGGGGAUCAACGACGGCGUCGUUUUGCAGCGACGAGAUGCAGAACCUCGCCGGCGUUGAGGGAGGAGGAGGAGGAUGAUUGGGCUGCACGCAUAUAUAUGUGUGUGAAGCCUGAUGGGUAUAAUUUAAUUAAUUAGCUGAUGAACUACCUGGUCGUCGAUCGAAUGAUGUAUGCCCCAGAGGAUGAUGUGUGCACUGGUCGUCGAUCGUACGUUAAACCUAAACCAGAUUGUUUGUUUCAGGUUUGGUUCUUCAUGCUGUGAUGUCGACUGGGUUAAUCUUAUUGAUCUGGUACUUGGAACUUCAAUUAAUUCUUAGCGGUUUACUUUCAUCGUGGUGGCUGUGUCUGUCUGUGUUUAUCUCUUACCUUGAUUCUGCUUCCAGCUGGGUGCUGGGAAAAGUGGGAAGAAAACACAGACAGAUGGCUUGGAGUGAUUGG